AUGGAUGCCGCUGUCAAGUACGGAAAGGAGUAUGCCGCCGCGGGCAAGGGUCCCCUUGUCUACGAGUACGUCACCUACCGUUACGGAGGACACUCCAUGUCUGACCCUGGAACCACAUACCGAGUAAGUCACACCGCUCUACAACAUCACAAAGCAUGUACUGACGAACAAUCAAAGACUCGUGAGGAGAUCCAGCGCAUGCGCAGCACCAAUGACCCCAUUGCCGGCCUCAAGCAGAAGCUCCUCGACUGGGGCGUUACUUCUGAGGAGGAGCUCAAGUCGAUUGACAAGCAAGCACGUUCUGAGGUCGACGAGGAGGUUGCUAUUGCGGAGAAGAUGGCUGUCCCCGAGGCUACUGGCAAGGUACUAUACGAGGACAUCUACGUCCGUGGUUCGGAGCCUGAGUUCCUGAGGGGACGCAUCCCAGAAGAGAACUUCUACUACACUGAACACGACAUGGGUGGUGAGAAGAAGCCUGUUGCCAGGACAGCAUAA